AACGUGUUGGGUUCUGUUUGGACUGUAGGCAGCGUGGCGCUCUGCGAGAGACAUACUGCCUUGGAUCUGUAAACUAUUGGAAGGAAAGUUCCUUGUCUACAAGGUAUGACAAGAGGAUUUCACGCGCAGAAGUAUGUACCGUAAUCCGUGGAUUCCUUUUAGUCAGUUUUUAGGAGUCAUAGGUGGUAACCGCCCCCCCUAUCAGCCAUGAGCAGCAAACCCCAACCCCCUCUGAUGAAGAAACACAGCCAGACAGAUCUGGUGAGCCGGCUGAAGACCAGGAAGAUACUGGGCGUUGGAGGAGAGGACGAUGACGGAGAGAUACACAGGUCGAAGAUCAGUCAGAUGCUCGGAAAUCAGAUGAGGUUUGGCGUACGAGAGCCAAUAGGCCUCAGGAUAUGGAUUCUCAUGUCUGCUGUUCUGUUCACAACCAUAGCUUUAAUAGCUCUAGUGUUCCCCAGUCAGCUCUAUGAGUUUGUGUUUGAGCUCAGGACCACCAGGAUCUCCAUCAGACUCUAUGGAGGAGCACUACUCAGUGUCUCAUUGAUCAUGUGGAAAGGUCUGUACACAUCAGAGAAGGCCAUUAUCCAGUGGACCCUGCUGACCGAGGCCUGCCUCUUGUCUGUCCAGUUCCUGGUGACCAGCAUCACCCUGGUGGAGCUGGGUCUGAUGUCAAACUCUGCCAUCCUCCUCCUCCUCAGUGAAGUCCUCUUCCUCAUCAUCACACUCCUCUACUACUACCACCUGGGUCGCAGGACCAAGAAGACCCAGAACCAUACACAUAGUGCUGAUUAGACCCAGAACCAUACACAUAGCUCUGAUUAGACCCAGAACCAUACACAUAGUUCUGAUUAGACCCAGAACCAUA